AUGCCUCUUCGUCGCGUUGCUCCCCUGAUGCUACCGGCCACGACAGCCGCGCGAAGCUUCCACAGCACGCCCCGCGCCCUGGUCAAGGUUGGCGACGAGAUCCCCAGCAUCGAGGUCCUCCACGAGUCGUCGCCCGGUAACAAGGUCAACCUUGCCGAAGAGUUUGCCAGCAGCGAUGGAUACAUUGUUGGGGUUCCGGCCGCGUUUUCCGGAACUUGCUCCAGCAGCCACAUCCCCUCGUACAUCAACAGUCCUAAGCUCAAAUCGGCCGGCAAGGUCUUUGUGGUUUCGGUUAAUGACGCUUUUGUCAUGAAGGCUUGGGCUGACCAGCUUGACCCGGCCAAGCAAACUGGCAUCCGCUUCCUCGCUGACCCGUCUGCUGCCUUCACCCAGGCUCUCGACCUUGGAUUCGACGGCACCGCCAUCUUCGGCGGCGUACGAGGUAAAAGAUAUGCGCUUAAGGUUGUGAACGGCAAGGUCGCGGCGGCCCAUGUCGAGCCUGACGGCACUGGCUACAAAGCCGCCAUCAUUCCGCCAACCACGAGGAAGCGGAAGGCUGCUGAGGCGACGAUUCUCUCCCCAACCCGAGAAACCACAUCUAACAAGAAGCCACUUGCCUCAGCAGCCACGGUUGAAGCGGCGCCUCCUACACCCGUGACCACCGGAAUGGACUCUGACGACGACUUCAUGUCUCACGGCUCGAGCGAUGACGAGCUACUGCUCGACGACAGCGGGGACGACAUGUCGGGGCCCGAUGACUUCGACGAUGAAGAUUUCGACGAGCCUGACCCCGAAUUCGGCCUCGGCAGCAAGGAACUCGAAGCCCCGAGAAAGCAAGCACAUGUCGUACCCUUCAAGGUGUUCGACCCGACCGACAUCCAGAAGCAGCAAGACGAUAUUGUGGACGAAGUCAACAUGAUUCUGAACAUGAGCAAGGAGGACGCGGCGAUCCUGCUCCGACACUUUCGGUGGAACAAAGAACGCUUGCUGGAGGACUACAUGGACCGACCAGAACGUGUCCUGGAGGCUGCUGGGCUCGCCAGUACAACGACGGAACCCCCACAACUCGAGGUCAUCCCCGGAUUCAUGUGCGACAUUUGCUGCGAAGACGGCGACGAUCUCCAAACAUUUGCAAUGAAGUGCGGCCACCGUUACUGUGUGGAUUGUUACAGACACUAUCUGAAGCAAAAAAUCAAGGACGAGGGAGAGGCCGCCCGCAUAGAAUGCCCCUCGGAUGGAUGUGGCCGCAUUCUCGACUCCAGAUCUCUGGAUCUUCUGGUCACCGACGACCUCGUCGACCGAUACCGCGAGCUGUUGAACCGCACGUAUGUCGAGGACAAGGACAGUUUUAAGUGGUGUCCAGCGCCCGACUGCCCAAACGCGGUGCAGUGCUCUGUCAAGAAGAGUAGUCUCGACAGGAUUGUUCCGACGGUCGAGUGUCGCUGCUCAUUCAGAUUUUGCUUCGGCUGCCCCAAUCCGGACCACCAGCCGGCGCCUUGCGAGCAGGUCAAACGUUGGCUCAAAAAGUGCGCUGACGACUCGGAGACGGCGAACUGGAUCUCGGCCAACACAAAGGAAUGUCCAAAGUGCCAGUCCACCAUUGAGAAGAACGGAGGGUGCAACCACAUGACAUGCCGCAAAUGCAAGUACGAGUUCUGCUGGAUGUGUAUGGGUCCAUGGUCUGAGCACGGCACGAGCUGGUACAACUGCAACAGGUUCGAAGAGAAGAGUGGCUCAGAAGCUCGCGACGCCCAGACCAAAUCUCGCACGUCGCUCGAACGCUACCUUCACUACUACAACCGCUACGCCAACCACGAACAGUCGGCCAAGCUUGAUAAGGACAUUGCGCAGAAGACUGAGAAGAAGAUGGUGCAGCUGCAGAGCGCGUCGGGCAUGUCUUGGAUCGAAGUGCAAUAUCUCAACUCAGCGUCGCAGUCUCUUCAAACGUGCCGCCAGACGUUGAAGUGGACGUACGCCUUUGCUUACUACUUGGCGCGCAACAAUCUGACGGAGAUUUUUGAGCAAAACCAGAAGGACCUGGAAAUGGCGGUCGAGAACCUGUCUGAGAUGUUCGAGAAGCCCGUGGCGGACUUGUCCGACGCCAAGCUCAAAGUGGAUAUCAUGGACAAAACGUCUUACUGCAACAAGCGGCGCAUCAUCUUGCUCGAGGAUACGGCGACCAAUCUAGCCGAAGGCAAAUGGGAGUUCAAGGAGGAUCUCAUGGCUCCGCGCCCGUAA